GAUCCGUGAGCGGGGUGUUGUAUGUCUCCAGUGGCCGAGAACACAGCACGACCUGCGAACAGUGUGCAGCCGGCCCCAAGCUCAAGCAGCAUGCAAGAUCUAUGAGCCUGGCGCGGUAGGCUUUCAGCGGCCUCGAGGCUGCAUUUCUGCUCCAGUGGCGCCAAGGCGCCCGCGGACCCGCACAUGUCGCCCGAAGACGAGGAUGCGCUCAGGCAGAUGCUGGGAGAGAGCGCGCAGGAGCCCGCCGACCUCCGCUCUGAGGGCGACCCGCACUGGCUCGCGAACGGCGUGCUGAUCGAGCUCCACAGCCUGGCUGGGGCCGCCCACCUCAACGGCCUGCGCGGCGAGGUGGUCGGCUAUGACGACAAGCAGCGGAGGUACCGGGUACGGCUGCAGUCGGAUCAGACGGUGAAGGUGGUGGCCAAGAAGAACAUGAUGCUGUACGUGGACCCAGGGGCGCUCGCCACGCCGUCCGUGCCAGGGGCGCCCCCGGUAUUUCUCGGCGGCGCGGUCGACGAUGGUGGCCGCGCCGCGUCUGGGUUGCAGUUGGGCCCCCCGAGCGCGGAGCAGAUCGCCCUGGCAGCGCAGACGCAGAGGGCGGAGGUCGUGCCCAGCAGGGACGCGCUGGCGCGGGUGCUGCAGGCCUUCGAGCACGAGCGCGGGCAGAUGCUGGAGAGGUGCGAGGCGCGCAGGGCGGGGAACGACGGCGUGCAGAUGUGCGAGGGCUACUUGGCACUCAUCGAAGCCUGGGGCGCGUACGAAGAGGCUGUGGAGGGCUACCAGAAGUAUUGGGGCCAAGACCCGGCAGUGAGCGAGGAGCACAAGCGGGCCGACGAGUCGAUGGGAAGUUGCCAGGAUCUGUACCAUUCCGUACGCACUUGGACGGAGAUGGCUUUGGACGAGGCCAACACACUCAAGCACAACAUCAGGAGGCACGGCGUCGUCAGCACUCUGAAAAAUGAGGUCGUGGGCAUGGGCACCGACGUCGCAGAGGUCGCGCAGGCGGCAGCGGAGACUGCGCCCAGGGUGCAGCAGAUCGUGCGGCAGGGGACCUCCAACCUCGGCGGCGCCGUGGCGCAGUCGGUCGGCGACAUCCGCGCCACGGCCUCGCAGACGAGGGAUCAGGCUGGCGGCUUCGUCAGGGAGCAGGUGGCCGCCCCAAUCAAGCGCGCCUGGCACCUGGUGCUGAUGGCCUUUUUCAUGUGCUUCAUCAUGCCCCUGUUCGCCCUCCGGACCUACGCGCCGAUGAACAGCGUGGUGUCCAACCUGGGACUGGUCUACGGUGUGGUGUGCGUGGCGUGCCCGCCGAGGUGGGCGCAGCAGCGCCCGCAGAAGGCUGGGAUGAUCCUGCUCUACCCCCUGGUACUCGUGGUGCUGCCCCUGCUUAUCCACUACUGGGUGACGCACCCGCCCUCUGGGCAGCGCUGGCAGCGGCCCCCGCAGCUGCCGGACGGGCUGUUCCACUGGCUCUCGCCGGAGCGAGCGCCGGCGCAGCCUGCUCCCGCGCCGGUGCCGAUGCCCUGGUGGAGCCGGGCUGGGGACCAGGCGCCCGCGCCGGCGGUCGAGCCCGCCCCAGCCCCGCAGAACGACCUGCCGCCCUCCCCAGAGCCACCGGCACCUCCUGCGCAGGGCCCCGAGCAGGCCCCCGCGCCGCCCGCUUCUGCGCCAGCGGCUGCCAAGGUCGGGUUGCCCGACGCGGCUCCAGAGGGCAAGCGCGGGCUCCUCCGCGCCCUGCUCCGCACACUGAAGGAGGCCUUCGGCAAGCUUCGGAGGGCCUUGCCCUUUGGGCGCGGCAGGGAGAAUCAGGGGAAACCCCGUCGCGGAGAAGGCCGCCGCCGUGGGCGGCGGUCCGCGGGCCUUCCUGCGGCUGCCCGCGGCCCCGGCGCGUCGGCGCCCGGGGCUCCCGGGCGAGGCGCGCCGGCGAGGCCAACGGCGGCACGGCGAGGCGUGAGGGCGGUGCCACUCCAGCCUCCAGCGCCCUCCCCUUGCUCCAGUUUUCCCCCUCUCUCGAAGGAGAGACACAAAGGGCUGCACGAGCACCUGCCGCCGGAGGCCCACUCGGCUCUCUCUCUCUCUCUCUCUCUCUCUCUCUCUCUUUCUCUCUCUCUCAGAGAGCGGCUCGAGGCCCCCCCUUGUGUGGCCGCGCCUCCGGCGCCGCCCCCUGGCGCGCUCCUCGUCGCGCCA